CUACCAAAAACCAGGCGUCACAACUGGGAGCAUGACCAGGAUCACCACCUUUGAGCCGAACAAAUUGGGUGCUCUGCUCACUCUUUGGCUAACCAUAUCUCUCUCUAAUUUCGUCAAUUCGAUCGUGAUCUCCAUCUACGUUUAUAUAGGCCUAGUACUGACAAACUCAUAUCCCCUCCACAUCUCUCUCUCCCUCCCUCUCUCUCCACUAUAUAUUUAACCGAUCAAACAGCAACGGAGUAAGUAUUAUGCUUAACACGGUGAGGUCGAUCCGAACUCAGUCACCCACUCUGUUUUCGUCACCCCAGUUCCCUUGUCAAAUCCGUCGCAACACUUCUGGGCUGAGUUUCAAGCAGCCUCCUGCUUCAGCCACUGGUGCUAAUAAUCACAAGGACAUGGAUCAACAGCAGACCAAUAAACGAAACACCAAAACGGGGGACGUGCCGUCUCAUUCGUUUGGGGAAGGGUAUGCCACUAGGUGCGAUGAAGAAGGAUUUGGUGGGAUUUAUGGUGGCAACGACCCUCUUUCCUCACAAGAAAAAACACCCUCCAAAAUUAUCCAUGAGAGUCACCCUGAGUACGACAAGACCCAAGGAAGUGAAGUUGCGGAGAAGGAAAAGGCACGACAUCAGAAAACAGCGGAGUCCUAAAUCUUUAUGAAUUAAUGUUGGAGGGGUCUGCAGUUUAGGCUGCUCCUAUUUCGCUCGGUAGGGGAAUCGCUUUUGCUCUUUUUUUUCCUCUGGCUACUAAGAUGAUGACUCUAUGACGAUCCGGUCUUGGUGGUCAAGAAGGGCAAACGCAGUCAAUAUAGACAAUAAUAUUUGGUGUACCCAUCUUGUUUGCUCUAUAUAUAUAGAAGCAAUGGAUGUUUGUUUUUAUGUUUUGAUCAUGUAUAAACGAUGUUUGUUUCGUAGCGCACGUAGGAAAUGGGUCGGCGUGUUCAUCUUGUUUUGCUGAAUAAAAACUGUGUGGUUUGUUGUU